AUGAGUGAAUCCUCAUCUAGUGAACCUUCAAACCAUGAACAAGUCCAAGCCAUCACUACCCUUAGAAGUGGAAAGAUUGUUGACAAAGCUAUAGGUUUUGAGAUUCCUAGAGGUAUUGUGGAGGAGAAAUCUAAGGAAAGUGAAGAGGAAAUCAAAACACAAGUGACAAAUGAGAGCUUGAGUGACAAAGAAGGGAAACCUAAACAUGAUCUUAUGAACUCAGAAAUCUAUGAAUUGUUCAAACAAGUGAAAGUCAACAUUCCACUCCUUGAUGCAAUUAAACAAGUCCCAUCUUAUGCAAAGUUCCUUAAGGACUUAUGCACAGUCAAAAGGAGAUUGAAUGUGAAAGAAAGAGCCUUUCUAACUGAACAUGCUAGUGCCAUCAUCCAGUUUAAGACCCCUCCCAAAUACAAAGAUCCUGGUUGUCCUACCAUUUCAUGCAUUAUUGGAAAUCAUAAGAUAGACCAAGCUUUGUUGGAUUUAGGAGCAAGUGUGAAUUUGAUACCCUACACUGUUUACGAACAGUUAGGUUUAGGAGAAAUCAAGCCUACUCGAAUCACCCUUCAAUUAGCUGAUAGGUCAAUCAAGAUUCCCAGGGGUAUUGUUCAGGAUGUGUUGGUCCAAGUAGAUAAAUUCUACUUUCCUGUUGAUUUUGUAGUGCUAGACACCGCACCAAUUCAAGGAAUGGGGUGA